UGUACACACAAAGACAGUCAGCAUAAUCCAGUCUGAUAUUAUAACUUUCAAUAUGAACAGUAAAAAGAAAUAGAAUAGAGCAAUAGUGGCGGGCUAUCCAACCUUCUCCACGGUUGUCGACAUUUUGGCGGUUUUAUACGAGUUUCACCCCUCGCACACGGUACAAAAAAAGAAAAGAGACUAUGCAAGACAAAAGAAAGAAAAUCAAGGAAAUCUAAUAUUGUAGGAUUUCCGCCCUAGCGAUCGAAACCCUUUUCCAACGGUGUCGUGGUGAGAAACCUGAACGAAAACGCUCGCGGUAUGUCAGUCGCAAUGGUGGAGAUACAAUCUUUGAAAUUGUGGCCGCCACUUCAUUUGUCCGUUUGCUUCGUCACAUGGCGGGGAGGUUGCCUCAGGCAUGAAAUGUUCAGGCAUCCAAUCCACGCUUAUCGGCGAUUGUGGCAAGAGCUUUUCCUUCCGCCGGGAUCGGGGUUCAUCCCACAUAUCCACCACCAUCACGCAAUUCUUAACGUUCAGAUACAUUGGCUGGUGACUCGUAUUCUUAGUGGCUGCAAUGGAUGCUGUUUGAGUUACUAUUCUUGUUUGCGUCCAAUUCAUAAGUUCAUUCUGUCCAUUGAAGGACACCUACACAUUCCUUCUGCACUCUGUCUUUACCACCACCCUCUAUCUAUACUUCCUUCCGAAUCCUCCGAUAACCGAAAAUAUCUAUAUCAUACAACACCGAACCAAGGAAAAGCACGAAAGCAUUGUUUUUCAUAAGAGACCAAAGAUACAUAACCAGCAUGCCAUACAUCAACACAGACACCCCCUCCAAACCUUAUUUUUCUUCCAAAAAUGGCUUCGAGAACCU